GCUCCGCCCUUUCCGGCCCCGUUUCUUUAAGGCCCCUGAGGCGCAGCGGUAGGAGAGCUGGCGGUGAGGGGCACUGCGGCACUGGAUGACCAUAACUAAACAAUGUCUGUACCACGUGGAGCUGUCCAUGCAAAAUGGAUAGUAGGGAAAGUGAUAGGAACCAAAAUGCAGAAAACUGCCAAAGUACGAGUGACAAGACUUGUGCUAGAUCCUUACUUACUAAAGUUCUUUAACAAACGAAAAACCUAUUUUGCCCAUGAUCCAUUGCAGCAGUGUGUGGUUGGAGACAUUGUUCUUCUGAAAGCUUUGCCUGAGCGGAGGAGCAAACAUGUGAAACACGAACUGGCUGAAAUUGUUUUCAAGGUUGGAAAUGUCAUAGAUCCAAUAACAGGAAAGCCCUGUGCGGGAACCAGAUUCCUUGAAAAUCUGUCAGAUUCGGAAAGUCUGACAGAGGCAGAUACUACCUAUCUAAGUGAAAAGCUUCAGGAACUUAAAGUUUGUUCAACAGACAAAUAGUGGGGAAAAUAUUUAAACAGAGGGCUUUUCAACUUGUUUCUGUCAGGGAUGUUUAGGGCCCUGCUGUUAAAUGUUUCAGUGAAAUCUGUAGUGAAAAUACAUAAUAGUAAAUAUAGUUGCAUGUAAGAACAGAUGUUACAGAUUGAUAGGCACCUCAAAUCUUUAAAUGAAAAUACAGAGAAAAUGUGAGUUUAGUGUUAACACUUCAUUUUUUUGCAUGUAGUUUUGUCCCAAGCCUUGACAGUUUCAAAAGCUAGCUGCCAACUUGAAAUGACUCUUUUGUAUUGAGAAAGACAAGAAUGUAACUAUGUUUGUUUGGGAGAGUCGUCAUAUUAUUUGAUUGUUCUGUAUUUCAGACAGGCUUUUGUGGUUUGUAGGAUUACUUAAGAUAAUGCUAUUAAACCUUUUGAAAGGAAGUGUAGAAUUUUAAAA